GCUUAUAUGCGCGAAGCUGGCAUUCCCAUUUCCCAGUCACUCCUCAUUUUCACUUUCAUUUGCUUCGGAAUUCGAGAAUGAGAGAAGAGGUUAUCAGCUCCGGAGGCACCGUUGAUCCAACACCUGCUGCCAGUUCUGCUGGGGCAUCAUCCCCAGCUGUUCCAAUGAAUGUUGGCAGCAUAGAUGGGUCAAGUCAUGGACAAGUCUCUAAAGCGGCUUCUCUCUCAUGUGUUGGUUCACAACCACCAUGGACUUCAUUGAGCACAAGUGCUGGUGGUUCUGCUUUUGGUUCUUCAAGAUCUUCAUGUAGACCUUGGGAAAGAGGAGAUUUAUUAAGACGUUUGGCUACAUUUAUUCCUUCAAAUUGGCUUGGGAAGCCUCAGAUCAUCAGUUCAUUGGCUUGUGCUCAGAAAGGCUGGAUGAAUAAUGGUGUAGACAAAAUUGCUUGCGAGUCAUGUGGUUCUUGCCUGAGUUUUACAGCAUUGCCAUCUUGGACAUUAGCUGAAGCUCAAAAUGCCAACGAAUCCUUUGCCAGGCAGCUGGAUUCGGGUCAUAAAGUUAAUUGCCUUUGGAAAGGAAACAGCUGUCCUGAAAGCUUAGUGCAGUUCCCUCCAACUCCUCCAUCUGCAUUAAUUGGGGGCUACAAGGAUAGAUGUGAUGGACUCGUACAAUUUCACAGCCUUCCUGUGGUAGCCAUCUCUGCAAUUGAGUUGAUGUCUGUUUCUCGUGGCCCGCAAAUUGAACGCUUUCUAUCACAGUCUCAGAAUUUUAUGUCAGGAGAAGUAGAUAUCAAACCAGACAUUGUAUCUGACCUUGAAAAUGCUCAAGAUGAGGCAUACUGUUUAUACUCUCGCGCACAGAAGCUUAUAAGCCUUUGUGGGUGGGAAUCAAGCUGGCGUUUAAAUGUUCAAGAUUGUGAAGAACACUCUGCCCAAUCUGAAAGAAAUGGAUAUUCUUUUGGCCCAAGCAAGACUCAACUUCAUCUUACUCAAGAUCCCGGGUCAAAGGCAGUUUCUGCUUCUACUAAAUUGGAUGCCAGAAAGGCCAAGGCGCCUCUUAAGGAGCCUAGACUUGACUCUAGGUCACCUUUGCUUGAUUGUAGCUUAUGUGGCGCUACAGUUAGAAUUUCAGAUUUUCUGACAGUUCCUCGUCCUGCUCGUUUUGCAUCUAACAGUAUAGAUAUUCCUGAUACUAGUAAAAAAAUAGGAUUGACUCGUGGAGCGAGUGCUGCUAGUGGAAUCAGUGGUUGGAUUGCAGCUGAUGAUACAGAGAAAGAUCAGACUGAAGACCGUGACGAAGUUGCAACAACGAAUGAGGGGAAAUUGUUGGCGAACACAGAUUUAGAUUUAAAUCUUUCCAUGGCAGGGGGUUUUCCUUUUACUCCUUUGGGCAGGACAGCAACAUCUGAAUAUACUCAUGAGGAUAUGGGAAGGGAUUUAAUGAUUGGCCAGCCUUCAGGGAGCGAGAUUGGUGAUCGUGCAGCUUCAUAUGAAUCACGUGGGCCAAGCUCUCGUAAGAGAAAUCUUGAAAAAGGUGGAAGCUCAGAUAACCGGCCUGUUCUUAGGCUGCAGCAGCAGGCUGAUAGUGUUGAAGGAACUGUCAUUGAUCGUGAUGGUGAUGAAGUUACAGAUGGUGGACAAUAUUCAGCUGGUCCUUCAAAACGUGCACGUGACUCUGAUAUUUUCGACACAUAUUGUUCACCUCAACAAAGAGACUCAUCUGGUGCCGGUCCGAGUCAUUCAAUGGGUUUAGAGGCUUACAUUACUGGAAAUCGAGUUUCUUCAUACCGUCAAGGUAGUGACCUCCCAAUGGGUAUCCAAUCAGCUAGAGACUCAACCCGUGCAUCAUCUGUCAUUGCAAUGGACACAAUAUGUCAUAGUGUGAAUGGUGAUUCUAUGGAAAGUGUUGAAAACUACCCUGGAGACCUUGAUGAUGUUCAUUUCCCCUCCUCUAGCAUGUAUGGCAAUGUGGACAUGAAUGAAACAUCUGAACUGAAUAACAGCAAUCAAGCUCAGCAAAGCACUUGCUUACAAACAGCUACUGAAGUUGCCCGUGGUGAUGUGGGUGUCAGUAGUACAAACUAUGGGGAAGAACUUUUCAAUGCAGAAACUGUGACUGCUCAGGCUCGUGAUGGAAUCAGUUUGGGCAUCAGUGGAGGGAGUGUUGGAAUGUGUGCUAGUCAUGAAGCUGAAAUCCACGGGGCUGAUAUAUAUGUGCACAGAGCUGAUAGUGUUGUUGGUGAAAUGGAACAGAGAGUAGAAGAUGCUGAAAACCAGGGACAGACAGGUGAGUCUGUUCCAGAUCCAGGUCUAAUGGAUGAGAUUAUCCCUGAUAUGAACAGGGAAGAUCCUAUUGGUGAUAGCCAGGAGAUGAUGUCUCACUCUGCAGGAAGAACAGACAGUGGGUCAAAAAUUGGCUGCUCUACAGAAUCUGUUGAAAGUGGUGAAAAGAUUAGUCAAAACUGCAAUCUUCUACCUGCUAAUAGUAGUCACCCUUCUCGUUCUUGUAAUGCUAAUAUUUACUCUGGUUGUGAAAAUACUAAGGAAGAGAUCAUGAAGCGUGAUAAAUCAUCAUUUGCCAACAAUAGUGCUCUCCCUGAAUCAGAUUUUGCCAUUGCAAAUGGGAUAGGCCCUCCAAAAGGAGAGAGUAAUUAUGAAGCUGCAGAGUUUGAUCCUAUUGUGCAUCACAAUCAAUGUUGCCCUUGGGUUAAUGGCAAUGUUGCUGCUGCUGGCUGUGCUAGUUCUGUUCCAAGCACAAGUAGUGAUGCAAUUGCCCUUUGUGGUUGGCAGCUGACGUUAGAUGCUUUGGAUGCUUUGUCGCUGGGGCACAAUGCAAUUCCAACAGUACCAUCUGAAUCUGCUGCAUCCCUGUACAAGAAAACCUUGAUGAUUUGAAUUAUCUUCACUGGCGACAACAUGUCGAACCAGUGAUCAAAUUGCACAAGUUGCAGCGAUUUGUUGUUAAUCUAGUUGUUCCACCUCGUUAUCUCACCGAGGACGAUCGCAUUGCUGAUCGCGUCAACCCAGAGUACGAAACCUGGGAAGUUCAAGACCAAACGCUUCUUGUUUGGCUGCAGUCUACGCUUUCGAAGUCCGUGUUGUCAAGAGUCCUAGGUUCCAAUCAUUCGUAUCAGGUUUGGGAGGUAAUGAUACUAAGUCCCAAGUAUGAUUUUUCAGCAAGGCUCUUGCUGCAUAGUAGUGAGCCAAUCUUUGUUUGCCAGAGCUUGUUUCACAGUUUUAGGCUCAGAAUGAUUGAGAAAAAGUGAAGGGUGUAGUCUAGGAUUGUGAAUACCAGAUUUAGACCUUGUUUGCAUAGGGUGAGUGAUAGAUGCAGAAGAAGUAUAUGGACAAUGUACAGAAACAGUGGUGCAAAGGAUUCUAAGAUAUCUCAUAGGUACUCUGUUUCAUGGUCUUCUUCUGCAGCCUGCUUUUGUUAAAAUCCCAUUCGAGCACUCUAUGAUGCCUGAUUGAGCUUCUGAUGUGGAUGACAGGCGCUCUACCUCAGGGACUGCCGGACUGCUAUUUUUCUUGGCCCAAACUUAGUCUCUUGGUAGUCUCGCAAACAAAAGGUUACUGUCAGAUCUAGUACCGAAGCUGAAUAUCACAGCAUAACUCAGACUUCUACUGAAUUGACUUGGAUUCAUACUUUGCUGACAGAGUUACAAGUUUCUUUCACUACUCCUGCAAUAUUCUGUGAUAUUCAGAGUGUUGUUUCUAUUCCUCACAAUCCAGUUUUUCACAGUCGAACAAAACAUAUGGAGAUUGAUAUGUUUUUUGUGAGGGAAAAGAUUUUGGUCAAGCAGCUCUCAAUUGUUCAUAUUCCAGCUCUGGAUCAGUGUACCUGAUGUUCUAACUAAACCUCUGUCUGCAUCAAGAUUUGAAGCUCUUAGAGGCAAACUCAAUGUGAAGAGUGUUUCCAAUGAAAACUCUCCCCCUUAAGUUUGAGUUAUCAGUGUAUGUAAAUGUAUAACUGUGAAAACAGUUUUGUAUAUUGAUUGUAAGGACAAGCUAACAGCACCCAUCCAGUGAUAAAUAACUACAGUAAGGGCUGUUAGCUUUUGCUAACAGCACCCAUCUAGUGUUAGUCAGUAAUUCAGGGAGUGCAAGGACCUUUCUAAUUGCAUCUCAAUAGGAUCAGUUAUUUAGAAUUUAGGUAGGAUUAUUAGUUAGAAUUAGUUAUGGUUAGUUAAGCUGUAUAGAGGUCUAUAAAUACCUCAAUUGUAACUAACCCUAACUAACUUUUUCAGAUCAAUAAUAAUAUCAGCUUUCUUCUUCUUUU